AUGGCUUUCGAACGUCUGGCCCAGUUCUACCGGUCGUGUCUGUUCCAGAUGAUCAUCGUGGGCCUUGUCGCCUUCUGCGAACCCGGCAUCUGGACUGCGCUCAACAACCUUGGAGCCGGAGGAAACGCCAAACCGUUUCUGAACAACGCCGCCAAUGCCUUGACGUACGGACUCAUGUCGGUGGGCUGCUUCCUUGCCGGCGGCGUCACCAACAAGAUCACAGCCAAGUGGACCUUGUUCAUCGGCGCCGCCUUCUACACCCCCUACGCGGCCGGUCUGUACUGCAACAAUCGCUAUGGCAACGAGUGGUUUCUCCUGCUGGGCGCCGCUCUCUGUGGGAUUGGAGCGUCUCUUCUGUGGGCCAGCGAGGCGGCCAUUGCGGUUGGAUACCCGGAGGAGGAGAAAAGAGGACGAUAUGUUGCAAUCUGGAUGGGCAUCCGCCAGAUGGGACCGCUGGUGGGCGGUGCGAUAUCCCUGGCUCUCAACGUCAACACGGACCAUGUCGGCAAGGUCACCUACACCACAUAUCUGGGGCUGGUGGCCAUUUCGUCGCUCGGAGCUCCAUUUGCAUUGCUAUUGUCCCAGCCGCAGAACGUCGUCCGAAGCAACGGCACCAAGAUCCCGUACUUGAAGAAAACGAGUUUCAGCAUCGAAGCCCGCGGAAUCUGGAAGCAACUGAGGAACAAGUACAUGCUGUUGCUGGUCCCUGUCUUCCUGGCGGGACAGUUCGGGGCGACCUAUCAAGGGAACUAUCUGACUACAUACUUCACCGUCCGCUCCAGAGCGCUGGCGUCGUUCCUGACUGCCGUGGUGGGCGCCGCAGCCAACCUGGUGACGGGGAUCAUUCUAGACCUGAAGUAUUUCUCUCGCAAGACCCGAUCCAGAGCCCUGUACAUUUUCGUCCUCGUCUUCGUCACCGCGUCGUGGACGUGGAAUGCCGUCGUCGAGACCAGACUGUCGCGCAUGGCCGACCCGCCGGCCUUCGACCUGGGCGACGGCGCCUUCUUCAACUCCGCCUUCACCGUCUACAUGUUCUUCCGCUUCUUCUACGAAGUGCUGCAGACCUACAUCUACUGGCUGAUGGCCGAGAUCAAGGGUGCCCAGGGAGACGGCGACAUCGCGCGCACCACCGGCAUCCUCAGGUCGUGGGAGUCCAUCGGCAGCACCAUCGCCUACGCCGUCGGCGCCAGUCACUGGUCCAACUUGAACCAGAUGAUCCUCGGCUUUGCCCUGUGGGGGUUCACCAUCCCGUUCACUCUUCUCGCCGUGUUCGGCAAUUGGAAUGUAUCAACGUCCUCUCCGGAGCCGGAGGUGGAAACAGAUGAUAGUAGUCUCGAGGCCCAGGAGGUGGUCAUCAGUUCUGAAGUCAAGAACUGA